GUUUCUCAUUUUGCCCAGAAGAAGUACUAUUUGGAAUCUUCUGUUUUUCAUGUUUCUCUUUAGAUAGGUAUAUAACAUUUGAAUCAACAGACAACCUUUACUUCGCUUAGUAUAUGAAUUGUAUUAUUCUAUUCGAAUUCCUCCUUUUAAGGAAACAUACCGAAUUGGUUUUAUUAGUGUGAGCAGUUAAAUGCACUCCUCUAAUGGCUACGGUAAACCAUUUUGCUGAGGCGACGUCUUAAAAUAUACAGUGUUAUUUGGACUUGCAAAACUCUCCAUUAAAUUCAAUUAGACUUUUUGUUUCAGCUUGAAAUGUUAUCGUUUUCUCUAGUGCCAAUCAAAAUAUUAAAUCGUAGUAAAUGUAUCUCAUUACCCAGCUUGACUACGUCCAAUUUGAAGUUGUUUUACCUUUCAAUAAGCAGUUCAGUGAUCAGCAAUACUGCCAUGACACUAGAAAAAGAUUAUAGCCCGAGUCCAUAUAUUGCAAGAUCCAACUGGCUUAUUACUGAGUUAAGCAGAAAAGGCAGUAUCCAUGAAGCACGAAAAGUGUUCGAUGGAAUGGCUGAGAAAGAUGUGGUUACCUGGACUACAGUAAUUACCGGGUACAUUAAAUGUGGGUUGAUUGAAGAAGCAAGAAAGUUGUUUGAUUCGGUUGAUGCCCAGAAGAAUGUGGUUACGUGGACUGCAAUGAUGAGUGGAUAUGUAAGGCAAAAUCGAAUUUUUGAAGCAGAACAGUUAUUCAAGGAAAUGCCCAUAAAAAACGUGGUUUCUUGGAAUACCAUGAUUGAAGCGUACACGAAAAAGGGGAUGAUCGACAAGGCUUUGAAGGUGUUUGAUCAAAUGUCUGAAAGAAAUACAGUUUCCUGGAAUACUAUGAUAACGGCGCUGGCGAAUUGUGGGAGGAUAGAAAAAGCAAAAGGGUUGUUUGAUGUGAUGCCUAAAAGAGAUGUGAUUUCGUGGACAACAAUGGUUACUGGGUUGGCAAGGAAUGGCAUGAUUGAUGAAGCUAGAUUGGUCUUUGAUAGGAUGCCAGAGAGGAAUGUGGUUUCCUGGAAUGCAUUGAUUACUGGUUAUGCACAGAACCUGAGAUUAGUUGAGGCUUUUGAGCUAUUUGAGAUGAUGCCGUCUAGGGAUUUACCCUCAUGGAAUACUAUGAUCACUGGGUUUAUUCAGAAUGGCGAGUUGGGAAGGGCAAGAGAUUUGUUUGAUACCAUGCCUCAAAAGAAUGUUGUUUCUUGGACUGCAAUGAUCACAGGAUAUGUAAAAGAUGGACAAGGUGAAGAAGCAUUGAAAUUUUUUUUAAAAAUGUUAGAAGAUGAAGGGAUAAGACCCAAUGAAGGAACUUUUGUUAGUGUUUUGAGUGCUUGUAGUGAGUUAGCUGGUCUUGGUGAGGGGCGGCAAAUUCAUCAGAUGAUAAGUAAGACAGUUUAUCAAGGUAGCACAUUGGCUGUAUCUGCGCUCAUAAACAUGUAUUCUAAAUGUGGGGAGUUACAUACAGCGAGGAAAAUGUUUGAUGAUGGGUUGAUGAGUUGCAGGGAUUUAGUAUCUUGGAAUGGUAUGAUUGCAGCCUAUGGACACCAUGGAUGUGCUAGGGAGGCAAUCAACUUAUUUAAUCAAAUGAAGUAUCUCGGCUUUAAACCUGAUGACGUAACUUAUGUGGGGUUACUCUCGGCAUGCAGCCAUGCUGGGUUGGUGGAAGAAGGCCUAAAAUUCUUUGAGGAACUAACGAGGGAUAAAACCAUACGAGUGCGAGAAGAACAUUAUACAUGUUUGGUUGAUCUAUGUGGUCGAGCAGGCAGAGUAAAGGAGGCUUUUGAUUUGAUCAAGUGUCUUGGAAUCAAGCCAUCAUCAUCAGUUUGGGGAGCUCUUCUUUCCGGAUGCAAUGCACAAGUGGAUUUGAAUAUAGGGAUGCAUGCUGAAAAGAAGCUGCUAGAGAUGGAGCCAAAUAAUGCUGGCAGCUACUCGUUGUUGUCUAAUAUAUAUGCUUCAAGUGGGAAAUGGAGAGAUGCUGCCAGAGUGAGGCUGAAAAUGAAAGAAAUGGGACUAAAGAAGCAGCCUGGCUGUAGCUGGAUAGAAGUUGAGAACAGAGUUCAUGUGUUUGUUGUUGGUGAUAAAUCUCAUAGUCAGUCUAAGUUAAUUUAUUCUUCACUGGCCAAUCUUCAUACUACACUGAAGAAGGUUGGGCAUAUAACAAGUGAUGAACUUUUGGUGGACGAUCAAUUCUGUUGACUUUUGGUGGACGAGCAAUUCUCAUAGUCACUCCUUGUUACAGCUGACUUUGUUUUGUCCGGACAAUAGAAUUUUGCUGGCUUGGGUUAAUCAAAUCCAGCGCUUUUUUUUUAUUAUUAAGAAAGUAAUAUGAAAAAGCAUUCUUUCAGCAAAUGAAAUAUCAAUCAGUCAAAUCUGCAUUCUACUUAUAUUCAUGAACAUGUUGCUCACUCAGUCGGGAAAGUCUUCUCUCUUCCUUUCUUUUGCUAUUGCUCCGUCACUUGACAAGUCUUCUCUCUUCCAUUCUCGUACUGUUGGACUGUGUUCUAAAACUCACUGUCAAUAAGUCAGUGUGCUUCGAGUCAAAGCUCUACUGCAGUUAUUCUAAGCUUAGUGUUCUAUGAUCUACACCCAACGGUUCACUGUCUUCCUUGAUGGGUGGACUGGAGGUGGUGUCUUUGCCUUCCUCGUGUCAUUUGCAACUGCAGAAAAAAAGAAAUUCAAAUUUUGGACUUUAUAGAUGCAAUGCAUAAAAAUUUGACGUUCUUCAGUGCUGUACUUACCAGAAUGUUCAAUUGGUUUCCCUCCCAGAGAAGAUCUCCGGGAUCCAGGUGUUUGAAUGCCAGUAAGUGAUUGCCUCUUGUUUGACCUUGAAUUUGCUGUCAGUGGUGACUUGCCAUCGCCGGUUUGGCUAUCAAUCAAGUUGCCAAGUGAUUUUGCUUCUGUCAAGUUCUGCUGGUUCCUGAAAGUGAGAUAGCCAAGCAAUAAUGCCAAAAUUUUAUAAACUGUUAGAAGCUGGCUACUAAAAUUUUAUAAUAUGAAUUCCAAUAUAAACUUGGAACAGAAUAACUGAGUUAGUAUGACUCGUGUGUUUCACCUA